AUGUUGGUACCGGUACUCUAAUUAAUAAAAAAACAAAAUGAUAUCAUUUAAUUACCAGAUCACUGUUCAUGUGGUGGCUUCAUAACUCCUUUUGAAAUGCCAUGAUAGUAAAUAAGUGAGUUCAAUUGGUCAAUCAGCUGCUGCUUUUCACAAUUCCUCAUGUAUGCACUUUCUUCUGCUUCUUUGGAUUGAUUGAGGCUCCUCCGAUCUUCUUCAACAACCUGCAGACAUAUUGAUAAGUGAUAAUGUAAAUUUUUUGAAAAUAACCGCAUACCUUAUUCCAGAGUUUUUAUUACCAUGACACUGUAGCUCAUAUACUUUACUCAGUAGUCAGUGGUAUAACUUUACUUUUUUGACCAUUUGUCAUCAGGGCAAGUUCAACUUGCCAAGUUGGAUAUGAAAAUUAGUUGCCGUGAAUAAAAUUCACUUGCCAUGAGACAAUGGCCACUGGGGUACCCAGGUAGAGGCUAUAAAUUAAGGGGACAACAUGUUUACACAUUCUUCCACUGCUCUAGAUGGCUAUGUUAUACUGCUUCAGACCUGGCUGUGGCCCACAGAAAAACAAAAUUUGAAUCCAUGCACAAGUACAACAUGCACUGCAUAAAAAAUUUAUCUGGCAAUGAAAACAUAAACUUGAUGCCCAGCUUUUUGUGACAAUGAUAUUCACUUGCCCUGGGCAAGUGUUAAAUUACAACUUGGUUACUUAUUGAAAGCAUAAUGAUAUAACUUAGUUGGCAUCCUUAACCAAUUAACCACCAUCACUCUCCCACUCACAAAUAAAAUUGUCUGGCAUUAGACAGGAAUACAAUAAAGGGUGCGAUGCAACUUCAUAGGUUAAAAUUUGACAUUUUGACUGUGGGACCAUGAUUUCUCAGACUCAAAUUGACCAAAUUGACCAUAAUGACUCAAAUUUUCCCAUGAAAGGAAAUAAGUAAUUUAUUUGUAAUCAUUCUAUUAUGUAGGAUAGAGUUUAUAACAUGAGAAAGAAUUUUUGCAGCAAAAUCCAUUAGAUUGGUAUAAAAUGUAAUGGCGAUGGUGUAAUGGUGUUUGUGAUUUAAUAUGCUAUUGCCUCAUAUUCCAGAAAACAUUCAUAUGGUUAUGAUUUAAGUUGUAUGUGAGAUAAGUGCUACUUGUUUCAGUAACCCGUUGAGUGAUGGCACUGACAGGUAAAAUCAUCUGACAUUAUACGGAGAAAAACAAUAAAGUUGUGGCACAAUGCAGCUUAUGCAAUGUACGGCCUAGUGUAAUAUCCCGUUAACACCCCAUCUCAUCUAGCUUGCAAUAUGAACUCUAUCGACUGUUUACGGUAAAGUGAAUUAUUCUACUUCUUUCUGGCCUAGGCAGGAUCCCAUUAUUUGUUGCCGGGAUUGCAUCUGCCAGGACGAGAAAUUCUUAUACAAGCACUCUAUCAUCCCUGCCAGGCGGGGUGUAUUCCGUCUAUAUAUUAAACACACCAUCCUGGAUUAAAACCUCCUGUCCAGCCAUGCCAUUAUCACAUAAACAGGCACAAUAUAUCACACACAUAUAUGCAGGGUUAGACAUGAGUGAAGACACUGGCGUUAGACAGGUGGAAAAAAGUAGGGCGCACUGGGGCACAUUCCAGCUCAAUGCCAAUGGGUUAAAUAUUAAUUUAAAGUCAACCAUUUACAUGCUAUAAACCAAGAAAUAUGCACUGAACUGAUAAGCUAAUAUUAUAAUCAAUUCUAUAUAUUGAGUUAACAAUUUUAUGACUCAGAUAGAUAACAUUGUAAUUGUAAGUUUAAUACUCUCAAAUAAUUUUCAUGUUUUGGCUAAUAAUAGGCUUGAAGCAAUCAGCAAGUAAAUAUUAUUCAUAAUCAUAUUCACAUAUUGUUUUAUAAUAUACUAUGUGGGUUCAAACAUGCUUUCUCCAGUUUUGUCAACCAAGUGGCAAGUGUAACCCAGUAUUUACUAUGUGUUUAUUCAAAAUUUGAAUUGUUGAUUUUAACUAAUAUUUGACGGAAUUGAAAUGAAAUAAUUCAAUAUAUAAAACCUCUCGCGCGCAAAUUCAAAUUUAGCAAUAGCAGACAGCCACAACAGGCUAUAACAGUCACAAGAUAAAAUGAGUAAAUACGGUCGAUGUACGUUAUAAUUAUACGAUAUAAACAGUACUAUUUCAUACCUGAGAUCAAUAAGCCUUCGGCAGGAUUCGGAGUCACUUAUCCAGAACCAAAUAUGAUAAAAAACACGAUAUUCUUCAGCGAAAUAUGCUCAAACGAAAAAGUCGAAAAUUUGUAAAUCACACUUGAUACUUGAUAUACGAUAUCCCACAACUCAUUGCGCGCGUGGCCCUUGUCUUCUAAAAUACAUACACCAAAAAGCGCUCCCAAUCUAUCGCUAGCUUAGCCUGCUCACAGGCUCUAUUAUAUAGAGCCUGCGACUUUUAUUGAUAUUUUUUCAAUACGCCCCCUUUGAGAUAAUUGAAUAUCCGGUAAAUAGUAGCCAAUCAAAGCAAGUUUUGUUAAUUAGAUUACCAGAGGUUAUUAACAACAACAAACAGUUUCUCGCGCAAUUUUACGCCUGUAUCUUUCACUAGGAUUCCAAGGUCUAAACUUUAAUCUAAAAUAAUUCAUGGUCGUUUUUUCCCUAAAGUGUUCUAAUAUUUAAAACAUAGUCCCGUUUGUAUAUUGCUGUCUUGUUCGUACAUUGCCGUUUUAAAUUAUGUAACUAUACUACAGAGACGUAAAAUUUUACUCUCUAUUAGUUAAUGUAUUUUAUAUAUUUAUAUCCAAAAUAUAACUGUAAGAUUUAAGGAAACGUAUUUAGGUUUUGAACAAAGUAACAAACACUAUUUAUUAAAAGUGUCGAACAAUAGCAGGCUAAAAAACAACAUUAAUCAUUAUUGCGUGAAGUCUGUCAUUUGCUCAAUAAUACAAUUAACUCAAUAGACAAUUUGAAAACCCGUGGCCGUGGCAUCGAUUCUGCCGUGUUUAAUAACUACAUUUUUUUGUAAAAAGCUCUUGUUGUAAUAAUAUAUGUCACUAGUUGAGACUCCCAAAAAUAAAGUCUCAAAGAGAGAGCGGACUUCGGUCAAAAAACACGCAAACGACUAUUGCAAAAUUUCCAGGUGUAAAUUCAAAUUGGCCAGGUGUUCUAAGAACGACUUUCCUCGACGGCGUCUGUUUUAAUAAUUUGCCCAUUGUCUUGACUUAUUCAAGACCAGAUUGUUUAGGCAGAAAGCCUUGGGUUGACAGGGAAGUAUUUGGGAGAAAUGUUCGGAGGCAUUUGACAAUCAACUGCUUUAUACUAGCUGAUUCACUGCCUGUGUCUCAACGAACGUCUCGCUGGGCUAACCUUAAGUUGUUCAACGUUUCAAACCGCAAGUGAUGCAAACGCGGUUAGAUAAAUUGUUAGCCUGAACUAGACUUAUUUUACUCUCUCUGCAAAGAUCAGCAAGGCAUACGUCGAAGUUUUCCCUUGUACUUCCUUGGAAAAGGUUUGUUAUUAUAGCUGACGAAGACAAAGUAUCUGAUAUUACAUGUAAACUUUUAUCAAAUCCCGUUGGAAGUACAGUUAAUAUUGCUAACCUUCGCUCAUCCUUCAACGUUAAUUUAAAUUGAAAGGUUUCUCAAAUACAUUCAAGACAGUUACUUCUUCGAAGAGAUAAACAAAGUCAUGGUUUUAUACGCCACUGAUUGAAUGCCAGCUUUAAAAUUACAUUGCGAAAUGUCGUACGAGUUAAAUAUUUGCACGAUAUUAACUCAUGGGGCACUUCUGACCAAUGGGAAUUUUGCGUACGCUCCGUACGCACAAAUCGACUUUUUACUAAUAAAGGUCGCAGGCCGUACCUCGCAGCCUCUGCCUGACAAACGGCCUGCAAGCAGGCUAGGUGCAUCAGGGUGCAAUGCGACUCAAUGGGUUAAUCAUUAUCUAACCGUAAUGGGUAAACAAAUCUGCCAAUUUGUGUCUCUUGUUAACACAUUAUAUAGUGCAAAGCACCCUGGUUCAUCAGCCCACAAAACUCUAUUAUUUUAUUCUGUCUAACACCAGACAAUUUUAAUAUCCAAAAGACGACCUUAAGAUUAAAAAAUAAGGCGAAUUACACAAUGUAAUUUAACACAUUGACUGACAAUACCCUAUCUUAUUCGUUUACUUAGCUGUUUAACACCAGACGGUUUUACUCGUCAAAGCAAGAGGCUGGCCACUUAAUGGGUUACUAAUUUUUAAGAAUGUAUAUAUGAAUUGAUAUGUUCAUUUUGUAAUGUUUGAUAGAUUUCAGAGACUCAAGACUCUGUAGCCUGUAAAGAAAAAAAACUGUCAAACAGAGCAGUUGUGUUUGAAGUGAAACUGAAUACAGCAACGACAAGAACGAAGAACCCCACAGCGAUAUCCAAGCAAGGAUAUAUCGAUCUACCAAGAAGAAGUGCAUACAGGAGACAAAUAGAAACUCUUGAUGCUUCGGCAGCAAUUAACGGUGGCUCUAUUGUAAAUAAAAUACCUGCUUUAAAUGGAAUGUUUUCUACUAUUAUUAAAUAUGCUAAUGUGCAUGACAUAGCUAAGUACUGUAGUCAUCGAAAGUUUAAGAACUGUUUUGUAAGUGAAGCUAAGAAAGAGGUAGGUAUAUAUGAGAAAAGUGAAGAUAACUUUGUUCAGUCACUUUCUUUAUUAUAUGCAGCGGGAGUCAUUGGGAAGAUUAAGUACAUACAGGCUAAAUCUACUUUGGUGAUGAAAAAUUCAGGUAAGUGCACCAGGAAAGGCUAUUUAUUAAAAGAGCGGAUAAAAAUUGGUUGUGGGAUACCCAUUCCAAAACCGUUUUCCUAUGACAUACUAAUUAACCAUAUUGAAAAACUAGAUAUUGGAGAAAUUAUUAGCUUGGAUACACUUUGUGCAGGCUUACCUUCUGAGCAUCAUGUUGAUGGUGUUUAUAGAGAUUUGGAGAAUUUGCUUCUUUCAUUGUGCCAAAUCUACUUCAAAACUGAUCCUUUUCGUAAAGAAGGUGAAAAACUUGUAUGGUUUGAUGAGAAUGAGGGAUCAUUCAAAGUAGCAAUUGGUGGUGAUGGUGCACCAUUUGGGAAUUGGGAGGAAUCCAUGGCAUGGCUUGUGAGCUUUCUUAAUGUCGGUCCCAGGGUGGCAAGCCCUAAUGACAAUUUUCUGUUGUUUGGGGCUAAUUGCAAGGAAGACCACAAGGUUGUGAAAUUGUACUGA